AUGAGGAGAAACAUUGCCGCUUGUUACAGUGAACACGCCGUCAAAGUCUCCGAUUCUUACUGCUCCGCCGCCUUCCCUCAUCCCCAUGUCGUCUUCUCCAAAUUCCCAUCUCCCACUUCCCCUGUUUCCGUUUCUUCCACUUACACAGCUAAUAUUUCAACCCUCCAAAAUCCUCUGCUAGUUCACCUCCACUGGACUUCCAUGGAAAUGGGUCAAUCCUUUACCAUCAAAAUCAAUUCAAUUUCCCAUCGAAUUCUCACCGGAAAGGGCCUCAAAUCCUUCAAAUCGGUGAAUGAUUCUGUGAUUUCGGUCUUCUGGGACAUCUCAGAGGCCCAGUUCGACGCCGGACCCGAACCCACCAGUGGCUUUUACGUCGUCGUUACGGUGGAUUCUGAAAUCGGGUUGUUGAUCGGCGACGAGAGGGAUAAGUUGGUGAAAUUGGGGAUUUUGGAAAGGAAAUUCGAUGCCCAGUUCGUGAAAUUCUCUUUGGUUUCUCGAACAGAGGAGUUUCCCGGCGAUGAUUUGGUUUUUUUGACCAAGGCUAGAUUCUCCGAUACCGGUAGCCUCCAUGAGAUUCUUGUCAUGUGCGGCGGCGUUGGCGGCGAGGAUUUGAGAAACCAGAGGCUUGCGGUGUUCGUCGACAAGAAACAGGUGGUUGAAGUGAAGAGAUUGAGGUGGAAUUUCCGAGGGAAUCAGACGAUUUUUGUAGAUGGCGGCGACGGCGACGGCGACGGCGGCGUUUAUGUUCAGGAGGAGGAGUGGAUUGGACAGUCGGCUGUGGGUGGAGGAGGAGGAGAAGAAGCAAGAGAGGAAUGGGUUUUCUCUGUUGAUUCGAGCUUCUAA